UUUAUUAUGUUCUAUUUUGUUUCAGCUGUGACCCAUAUCAAGUAUUUGAGGUGCAGCAUUCGCCUUGCUUGAUUCUAACUGUGCGCGUGCUUCAGGGACGUAACAUCACGCUGGGCUUUCAAGAUUUGUAUGACAUCCCAGAUCCUUAUAUUAACCUGGUGAUGAGAAGCUCCCCAGAAGGCAGAAAGUCUACAACUGUGAAAGAAGAUGAGCCUAACCCAGUGUGGGAUGAAACAUUUACGUUCUUCAUCAACUUUACCAAGCUAAUCCUGAUGGAGUCAAAUUCUUACUGGUUUGACCAGUUAGUUGGGACCGUCUACUAUGACAUAGUCAAUAUCAGAGACAUGGACAAGCCGCAGACAGAGACGUUUGUGUUUAACGAUAUUUCAGAAGUGGAUAUUGAGUUCAAGCUGGAGUUUGAUCGUCACCCUACCCUGCGGUACAGCCUUUGCUUGAGCCAUCAAGAAAAAUCCUUCAUCAGGAAAAGGAAGAAACAUAUACUGGAAGCAAUGAGGAAACUCCUUGGAGAUGAGAAUGGUCCCCAGAAUAUUGAAGAGGUGCCGACUAUAGCCGUGAUAGGUUCAGGUGGUGGAUUCCGAGCAAUGACAGGAUACAGUGGUGUGUUCAAAGCUUUAGUGGAAUCUGGUGUCUUGGGCUGUGCUAUGUACGCUUGUGGUCUGUCAGGCUCAUCAUGGCUUGUGUCCACCCUGUAUUCCCACCCCAAGUGGCCAGACUUGGACAUGGGCGAGUUUUUGGAUGAGCUCAAACACUGCAUAGAUAAAAGUUUGCUGCGAUUCUUGAAUGCUUCAACCAUGUACAGUUAUGUCAAGUUUAUGAUUGAGAAACGACGAGAAGGCCAACCUGUCAGCUUCACCGACAUCUUUGGCCGAAUGGUUGGAGAGACCUUGUUGGCAGAUAGAAUGGAGACAACUCUCACUGACCAGCGGGAGAAAAUCAAAGAUGGUUCUGUCCCCAUGCCACUUUACACCUGUGUCCAUGUGAAGAAAGAUGUCCCUGCUAGAUCUUUUCAAGAAUGGGUGGAAUUUUCUCCUUAUGAGAUUGGCAUGCCUAAAUAUGGCACGUUCAUGGAUGCUAAAUUGUUUGGAAGCAAGUUCUUUAUGGGUAAACUGGUCAAAGAAUUCAAGGAACAACCACUUCACUUUCUGCAAGGAAUCUGGGGCAGUGCAUUCUGCAUCUUAUUCAGACGGUUGUUGGAAGAGAAUCAUCAAAUUGACCCAACAGAUAUGGUCAGAGAAGCGAUGGGAGAGCGGUUGGAUGAAGGCAGCGAUAGCAUUAAUACUCAUAUUGUGAAUUCUGCCAGCAAUUCAUGGGAGUUGUUAAGUACCAGGCGUGGGCGAGCAGCUGUGAUACACAACUUCAUGCGUGGACUCUCCUUACAGCAGUCGUACCCCUUGUCUCCUUUCACCCCAGUUGAUGAGAGGGUUGCUCCAGGAGAUGAAUUUGAUGGCAUCUUUGAGAUGCACCCGACCAGUGUGAAGCAUAUCUACAUGGUAGAUGCCGGUUUGGCUUUCAAUUCCCCGUAUCCAUUGGUUCUGCGACCUCAGAGAGCUGUUGAUAUAAUACUGUCUUUUGAUUUUAGUGCCAGGCCAUCUGAUAAUGACCAGCCUUUCAAGGAGCUGCUGUUAGCAGAGAAAUGGGCAAAACUGAACAGAUUACCAUUUCCUCCAAUCGAUACAUCGGUGUUUGACAAAGAUGACGUCAAAGAGCUGUACAUAUUCCGCCAUCCCACUGACAACAGCUGUCCGAUUGUCUUACAUUUUGUUCUCGUCAACCGGAAAUUCAAAUUAUACAAGAAACCAGAAAUUCCACGAGAAACAAAAGAAGAGUUCGAGUUUGCGGAGUUUCAGUUAUUUGACGACCCUAGAGCACCGUACUCCACCUUCAACUUCACGUACACGCACAGUGACUUUGAGCGGCUCAGUCAGUUGACAGAGUUCAACACGCUUCUACACAUUGAUGAAAUUAAAGAGGUAAGACAAGUUUACUAA